AUGUUUGGGAUUCAAGAUACUUUAGGAAGAGGACCAGCUCUGAAAGAGAAAUCACUGGGUGCCGAGAUGGAUUCGGUCAGGUCCUGGGUCCGGAAUGUCGGCGUGGUGGACGCCAAUGUCGCGGCGCAGAGCGGAGUUGCCCUAUCCCGGGCCCACUUUGAGAAGCAGCCUCCUUCUAACUUGAGGAAAUCCAACUUCUUUCACUUCGUUCUGGCGCUCUAUGACAGGCAGGGGCAGCCAGUGGAGAUUGAGCGCACAGCCUUCGUUGAUUUUGUGGAGAACGACAAAGAACAAGGCAACGAGAAGACCAACAACGGUACCCACUAUAAGUUACAGCUCCUCUACAGCAAUGGCGUGCGCACCGAGCAGGACCUGUACGUCAGGCUCAUCGACUCGGUCACCAAGCAGCCCAUAGCUUAUGAGGGACAAAAUAAGAAUCCAGAAAUGUGCCGAGUUCUCCUGACGCACGAAGUGAUGUGCAGUCGAUGUUGCGAGAAGAAAAGUUGUGGGAACCGAAAUGAGACUCCUUCAGACCCCGUCAUCAUCGACAGAUUCUUUCUAAAAUUUUUCCUCAAGUGCAAUCAGAAUUGUUUGAAAACAGCGGGAAACCCGAGGGACAUGAGAAGGUUUCAGGUUGUGUUGUCAACAACAGUGAACGUGGAUGGACACGUGCUGGCUGUUUCUGACAACAUGUUUGUUCAUAACAACUCUAAGCAUGGCCGGAGAGCAAGAAGGCUGGACCCAUCAGAAGCUACCCCCUGCAUCAAAGCCAUUAGCCCAAGUGAAGGCUGGACCACAGGAGGAGCCAUGGUCAUCAUCAUUGGAGACAACUUCUUUGAUGGCCUCCAAGUGGUGUUUGGGACCAUGCUUGUAUGGAGUGAGCUAAUAACGCCUCAUGCCAUCAGAGUGCAGACUCCUCCUCGGCACAUCCCCGGAGUAGUGGAAGUGACAUUAUCUUAUAAGUCCAAACAGUUCUGCAAGGGAGCUCCAGGGAGGUUCAUUUACACAGCAUUAAAUGAACCCACCAUAGACUAUGGCUUUCAGAGACUGCAGAAGGUCAUCCCAAGGCAUCCCGGAGACCCAGAGAGAUUAGCUAAGGAGAUGCUAUUGAAAAGAGCUGCAGACCUAGUGGAGGCCCUCUAUGGCACACCACACAACAACCAGGACAUCAUUCUGAAGCGAGCUGCAGACAUUGCUGAAGCCCUGUACAGCGUCCCCAGGAAUCCCAGCCAGAUCCCAGCUCUCUCCAGCUCCCCAGCUCACAGUGGCAUGAUGGGCAUCAACUCGUAUGGCAGCCAGCUUGGGGUCAGCAUCUCGGAGUCAACACAGGGAAAUAAUCAAGGGUACAUCCGCAACACAAGCAGCAUCUCUCCGCGAGGCUACUCUUCCAGCUCCACCCCCCAGCAGUCUAACUACAGCACCUCCAGUAACAGCAUGAAUGGCUACAGCAAUGUCCCCAUGGCCAACCUGGGCGUCCCAGGGUCACCAGGAUUUCUAAACGGCUCCCCCACAGGCUCCCCUUAUGGAAUCAUGUCAUCAAGUCCCACUGUUGGAUCUUCUAGCACGUCCUCCAUCCUCCCAUUUUCCUCUUCAGUUUUUCCUGCUGUCAAACAGAAGAGUGCCUUUGCCCCUGUCAUCAGGCCACAAGGCUCCCCUUCACCUGCCUGCUCCAGUGGCAAUGGAAAUGGAUUCAGAGCCAUGACCGGACUUGUCGUGCCCCCAAUGUAAAGAAGAGGAAGAACUGCUUUCUUAUAGCACAAAACUACUUACUCUGAUGGACCAAUAAUGAAGAAAGCACUAGGAGCUCUUUGGGAAGAGUUGUGCCCCAGAAUGAACACGACGGACAGAUUUGAGUGUGCAAGGAGCUGCAUUUUACCUGGUCUCACGUUUCUCAUCUAGCUCUCAUGGUGGCUACACAAACUGACCCUCUUGGGGACAAGGACAAAAGAUGUCAUUGACGUAGUCAGUGCUAAGAGCAGAAAUGCAAUUCUUUGUUAUGAACAUUAUGAGAACCACCUUCCUAUGUUUGUAAAAUAUUUAAGAAAAAAA